UCAGAGGAGUAAGCGCCCCAAAGCCGAGCUGCAGAGCUGUCUAUGGCCCCAGGCUGACCAGUAGACAUGGCUCAAUUUGGCCAGGUCCUGGCUGAAAUAGGCGACUUUGGUCGCUUCCAGAUACAGCUGGUGAUGCUUCUGAGUAUUCCCGGCUUCCUGUCCGCUUACUACAUGUUUGCCCAGGUCUUCAUGAUCCAGCACGAGACCCACCACUGCUCAGUAGCCUGGGUCAAGAACCACACUUUGAACCUGAGUGUGGCUGAACAGCUGACACUGAGCGUGCCCCUGGAUGCUGCAGGCAAGCCUGAGUCCUGCCUUAUGUUCCGGCCGCCCCCUGACGACGCCAGCCUGGAGGACAUCCUCAGCCACCACUUCAACGAGACGCAGCCUUGUGAGGCAGGCUGGGAGUAUCCUGAAGACAGGCCCCUGUCCCUAAAGAACGAGUUCAACCUCGUUUGUGGUCAGAAGCACCUGAAGGAGACCUCGCAGUCGGUGUUCAUGGCUGGGCUCCUCACUGGGGCUCUCAUCUUCGGGCCCCUCUGUGACCGGAUUGGCCGCAAGGUCAGUAUCCUGGUGCAGCUGCUACUCUUCGCCCUCCUCGGCCCGACCACGGCCUUUGUGCCCAGCUUUGAGCUCUACAUGGUCCUGCGCUUUGCUGUGGCUACUGCUGUCUCUGGGUUCGCCUUCAGCAACAUCUCCCUACUUACAGAGUGGGUGGGGCCCUCCAGGAGGACUCAGGCCGUGGUCCUGGUCCAGUGCGCCUUCUCCCUGGGUCAGAUGGCAUUAGCAGGACUCGCCUAUGGCGUCCGAAACUGGAGGUAUUUCCAAAUGGCCGGCACCGCACCUGUCUUGCUACUCUUCUUCUACAUCUGGGCUCUGCCAGAGUCAGCACGGUGGCUUCUGACAAGAGGGAGGGUGGAGGAGGCCAAACGAGUGAUCCAGAAGGCGGCCUCCGUCAACAGGCGGAAACUCUCCCCAGAGCUCCUGAGCCAGCUGGUCCCAGAGAAGACAGCCCCCUCAGGGAAUCCUCUGGAUCUGUUCAGGCACCCCCGGCUCCGGAAACUGACCCUGAUCUUCUUCUAUGUCUGGUUUGUGGACAGUCUGGGGUACUUUGGCCUGAGCUUCCAAGUCGGCGACUUUGGCCUGGACAUCUACCUGACGCAGCUCGUCUUCGGAACCGUGGAGGUUCCCGCCCGCUGCCUCAGCAUCUUCAUGAUGCAGUGGUUGGGCCGCAAGUGGAGCCAGAUGCUGACUCUGGUUCUGGGUGGCCUCGUGUGCAUCGGCAUCGUCUUUGUCCCAGCAGAUCUGCCGGUGGUGGUCACUGUGCUGGCCGUGGCGGGCAAGUUCGCCAUGGCCGCCAGCUUUACCAUCUCCUACGUGUACUGUGCCGAGCUCUUCCCCACCGUCAUCCGGCAGACAGGCAUGGGGCUGAUGGGCAUCUCCUCGAGGAUCGGGGGGAUCCUCACCCCUCUCGUGAGCCUGCUGGGCGAGUACCAGGCAGCCCUCCCUAUGCUCAUCUACGGCAGCCUCCCCAUCGGGGCAGGCUUCCUCUGUGCCCUGUUGCCGGAGACACGGGGCCAGCCCCUGAAGGACACCAUCAAGGAGCUGGAGGAGGAGCCCCACCCACGGUUUCUGGAGUCAGCACCUUCAGAAAAGGAAACAGAGGCUUCAGGAAGAACUUCCAGCCCAGGGGUGACCUUCACGAGCAGCACGUACUUCUGAUUGUGUCCCUGGAGCUGGAGCACAGCAGGGAGCUGCCUGGACACCCCCUUGAAAUGGCUGGGGGCUGCUGGCACGGCCCCCCUCACAGUUGGAGGCAGCACACCCCUGACCUGGUCCCCAUCCCGGCCGCUGGCUGCCCGGUCCUGAAGUGUCUGUGAGGGCCUCCCUCUUCUCGUCACCCCUCACCACCUUCCUCAACCCAGCCCACCCCUACCCCUGUUCUGGGGUCGGGCCUUGAGCGUUUCUUGGGCUUCCCUGGUUCUCUAAUAGACUUGUGGGCUUACGGCUCCUCUAGUUCCCUCAGUCUGGGGUCCCCCUGCCCUCAAAACGUUUAAGCCCAGAGCAGAGCAGAUGGGUAGGGCCUUUCCAAGAAUGCAGCAGCAGGGGGAGAGGAAGUUGGAAGCCGCGGCCGGUACCCAGGCCGGUGGGAGAGAAGGCUGUGGAUGGGAAGGUUGUAGUUCCUUCCGGUGGCUGGGCCGGGCCCCGCUGGCUCAGGGGGAGGCCCCACAGGACCCGCCAUCCUGCUGAGAGAGGACUCCGUCUGCUGGAAACCAAAGCUUCAGUGCUGUCCUCUCUUCAAAGAGCCUCCACCCCCUGCCCCGCGUUCAGUCCAGCUCAUACCUGACCUCGUGGCCCAGGGACCGGCAGUGGGGAAAGGGAGGAGGCUGGUUGCUCCCGUCCUCACCUCCCUCCUCCCUUUCACCUCUGCUGCUGCUGGCCGUGGUUCUUUCCCUGCGUGUACUGGCUGAUCAUCAGCGAGUGUCCUCUGGCAGGCUUCUAACAGCUCCUCCAUGGGGACACAUCGGCGGAUUUCUCAGCGGUGCUCCCAGGACCCCUGCCUUGUUCCUUCAUCCAAGGAGCGUGCUCACAGCUGACCUCCAGGGCCCUCUCUUCAGCUCUUGCCCCAGCACUGCUGCCCCCAUCAUGUCUCUUAGUGCCGGCAUUCCUCAUCUUCCGAGAUAGCCCUCCUGGCUGCGUCCCAUCAAGGGACCUCCAGCUAGAGUGCCUUCCCCGGUAGCCACCUGGCCCGCAAGAGCACCACACAUCCUUGCACCAGCAAAGAGUGGAAAAGAGCUUGCCCGGCCUCUUCCCCUCCUGUGCCCUUCCUCCAAGGCCUCCCCAGCUAACCGCCCUGCAGACAGUGAGGUUCCGCCUCUCCCCAGAGGCCCAGGCCUGAAGAGGGGUUCCUUCUGGACCUCCCUCCCUUUCUCCCACUCACCUUCCCUAAUGGAGGCUGGAGGGAGUGCUCCCCAUCUUUGUGAAUCUGGCACAAAGGUGUCCAGCAUCUCUUUCAAAUACGCGAAUCUUUACUGAGGACAUAACAAAAGGCAAGUUGGCCUUCCAUGUUCCCCUCCCCCAAGGCGGGAGUGGGACACAUGGGACAUCUCUCAGACUCGUGACCAAAGGAAGGAAAGAGCCAAUGGUCACCUGAUAAAGAUCACAGUCAUAAAGGACAUAAGACUCCAUCAGUUUGUAACUGUCUUCGUGAUGUACAAGGAAAGCACAAUCCUAGGAAUAGUCAGACCUCCAGAAACCUAUAGACUCAAUUUCUCGGAGCGCUAACAUCACCUCCUCCCUUCAUAGGAUAAAAAGCCCUACACAAUCAGUCACUCCUCACACUUAGAAUGCAGAUUUUUCUGCCCACGAGUUCUGUCCUCGGACCUUAAUAAAAUCACUCUUUUUUUUUGCACCAAAAA